AUGAGAUUUUCAUUGUUGCUCAGCAUCUUAGCUCCACUUGCCAGCGCUGAUGUCGGCACUGCUGGUUCUUGGUCCGUACCCUAUUUACCAACCAGGUGUAACGGCAACAGCCAGGAUCAAUUCCCUUCCAGCAACUUAUUCGUUUCUGUUGGUGACGGACUUUGGGACAAUGGGGCGGCAUGUGGAAGGCAGUAUCUAGUGCGGUGUAUCAGUUCGCUUCCGCGCGCCUGCAAAUCGAGUACGAUUCAGGUCAAAGUAGUCGACUUUUCCAACAACCCCGUCGGCAAAAAGUCAGCUGAUGCUACCAUGCAUCUUUCAACCACGGCAUGGGCAGAAAUUGUCGACACCUCAAAGGGGGCGAACAAGGUCAACAUCGAGUUUGCGCAAGUCUAG